AUGGAUUCUGCUCCUCGGAUCAAACAAGAACCAAACAUCGAGUCGGCAUUCAUCGAGAAAGGGAAAAAUCUUAUUGGUACUGUGCCAAUGGAAGCGACGGUAAAAACGGAGCGCUUACAGACAUUCCGUGGACCGCGAGAUCUCACUUUAGCUAAUGGACGCACAACAAAACCUCCGGCGAACAAAAAAGUAUACACGCCCAACCUGAACGCAGUGAGAAACAAAAAUACGGACGUGAAAACAGCAUCCACUGGUCCAAAGAGCAGAGUAAAGACUGAUCGUAACAAAAAUGAUAAAGAUACGAGAAAUAAAAAGGCAGCAAUGAUACAGACAUCUGGCAUCUUUUCGGAUGGUUUAGCUCAACGCGUUCUCACCCGUGCAUCCAAAUCGGACAAAUCUAGUUCUUCAAAAGAGCCAGGAGAAUCCAUUAGAAAACCUAUGUUUUCUAGAACGGAUACCAAAAUAAAUUUGGAGGUCGAGCAUAAAUUGAUACAAAAUUUGUACAACGACAAUGAUGAAGAUCUUGCAGAACUGGAGCAAAAGAUAGAAAACGGAUUAAAGCUACCGAUCAAGCUAGAAAACUCUGACUACAAAAUCAAACCCCCAGAAGUAAAGACGGAAAACUUAGCAGAACCAAAGCAGGAUCCAGUGAACUCUGUCGAAAACGUGUUAUCCGGUGAACAACACAACAAGAUGUUCCUGUUACAAUUGCCCGAUGCAUUGCCUGGUAAGUGCGAUGCCGCUGACAAAGGUGCCACCGCACCGAAUGGUGGCAGCGAUUGUAAGUCGGAAGCAACGGUCAACGACGAAGAUACGCCCCAGUAUUGUACAGUUCGAGAUUUGGCAGAAGGUUAUAUUGGGAAACUGAUACGGUACCGUUCCGGAAAGGUAAAGCUAAUGUUGGGCGACAUAAUGUUUGACAUCAACCUCGGUAUGGACACAGGAUUUUUACAAGAGCUGGUCUCUAUCAACACUAAUCAAGUCGAACGCAAUGGUAACAUCAUUAACAUCGGCACUAUCAACGCAAAGCUGAAUGCGUCCCCGGAUUGGGAAUAUUUAUUCAAGAAUUCUACAUGA